AUGGGAGGCGCGUCGUCGCAAGUGGGGCAUGAUACUGUUAGCACCGCCACCACAGAAUCCUCUCGCCCAAGCCCUCGACGUCUUCUAAACGCGACUUCUAAGCUGAAAUUCUCGUUUAAAAAAAAAUCGUCGACUCGCGACCAAACGCGCCCAUUCGAGGAGCUUAUCAAGACAUGGCCAAUUGGAGAUUUGAAUUUACUUUUAGCAGAAUUUGAAGCCGAUUCGAAGCUUCUAGAACUUCAAAAAUUAUGUGAUAACACCAGAAAACCGACUAGACCGUUCACACAAGAUUUUGAAAAAGGAAGACACGUGGCGGUCGAUUUAAAUGUGCUUUUUAAAUUCACUUCAAUCCCUUCAAAUCGUGCAUUUCUAUCGCAACGUUGUAAAAAUCUGAAAAUCUGCGCCAACUACGACGAAAAUCCCAGAAAUUUCGAUAUUCGAGACGAAAAAUUUAUGAAAUUCGAGCAAGAUGACGUGGAAUUCUUUUUGAAGUCAUAUAUUUUCACUGAAAAAUGGCCGGAAGAGCGGGGGAAUGUGAUUUUGGAGCAGUUGUGUGCGGAGUUUGGUUGUUUUAAAAAGUUGGAGGACGAUGUGAAACAAAUGUAUAAGCAAGAUACGAAAAAUGGCGAUUUGGUGAUAGAAGUGGUGGAGGGGAGUCAAAAACCUGACACGGAAAAUUUCGAAAUUCGAUGCUCAUCUCUCAUCGCUGCCUCACGGAGCACAAUUAUUCAUUCACUUUUAACCAAAAAAUCAUGGGAAAACACAGAAAAUCCGCCUUAUCCUCGCAGACUCCAAUUCUCUGAACUAAUAUUUCCACGAGCGUUCGCUCCACUCUUCGUCUCAUUUUUGUAUACGGACCGCCUGGAUUGGAGUCUCGCACCGAAAUCCGAGGACUCAAUUUCAUCUUUAUCACAGGCGAAAGCGAUAACGACUAGUGGAAAAUCACCGGAUGUUCAACUGGCACGGGCGCUGCAGAUUAUUGAGAUUGCGCGGUUUUUUGGGGUGCAGCAAAUGGUUCAUGCGUGCGAAGACGUCGUGGUGAAGAAUCUCUCUCACGACAACGUCGUCCAAAUUCUUCAAUGGGGUCGUUCCAACAAUUCCACGUACAUUUCAACGCACGCCGCCCGUUUCAUCGAACGAGAAUUCUCUCGAAUCUCUCAAUCCGCCGCACUCUUCGACCUAACACCCACUGAAAUGACCGAAUUGACACAAAGUCAAUUCCUCCAAUCCACUGAGUUGGAACUGCUCGGCGCGUGUUGUCGAUGGGGCGAACAUGCAUUAUUAAAGAAAUUAGAGGAAAGAGAACCGAAUCUAGUCGCCGACACAUGUCAUUCUAUAAGUCGGAGGGGACUGAAAAAGUCGGAAAAAUCAGGGGAAGAACUCAAAGAGAUUCUGAAACCACUGGCUGAAAAUAUCCGGAAAGAUUACGCGUUGCCACCGUUUCAUCAGGAUCUGACGGACGCUUAUAACAAGGGAAUUCUAGAACAGUCUCCAUUGGGACAGGAUUUAGUGGUGUGCGCGUCGACGUCGGAAAUUAAUCCGGAUGUCCAUUGGCUGAAACCGGACGAUGAGAGUUGUGGACCGAGAUAUUAUAGACCCUAUCACACGGCUCUUCUCAAGCACCGUAACCUCAAAGACCCGUCGUGGAUCGGAAAGUCUCCAGAAGUCACCACGACGUCUUCAGAAUCUCCACAAAUAAAAUUCACCAAACUGUAUCCGGAUAUUCUCGAUGAAAAUGUGUAUAUUGAGGCGAGAAAACGGAUUUUAGACAGGACGAAACAAGCGAAUUUUAUGAGAUUGACGCGAAGUUUUCAUCGAAAAAUGGCGUUGGAAAUGAUAACCCGCCAAACCCUUAUCGAACUCGAUAUUCCUGAAGAAUGUCUCUCUUGCCGUCUAGCCAGUGAAAAUUCAGAAAAAUCGAUAACACCACCGGACGUCUUGCCAUAUUUAUAA